CCCCCACGCGUCGUGUCGCGGGGAAGCCGGGCGGAGGCAGAGCGAUUGGGCCACACGGCGCUCCGGUCCGCAGUCCACCGAUCGCGCGGGACCGAGCCGGCUGGCGCCUCUGGAGCGCGGAGCCGCAACUCUCCCCGGCUGCCUUUGUCUGAGAGCCGCGCGGCCAGGAAGCGUCGCUCUGCGGAGCCGGGGACGCGGCCGCGGCUGACGGUGACAGCUCCACCCUCCUUCGGCCCUCCCGGGCGGAGUGAGGAUCGGGCCGGGCCCCUGAUCGCCCGCGCCUGCAAGUCUGUGCACGAGGACCGAUGCCCCCGCAGCAGGGGGACCCCGCGUUCUCCGGCCGCUGCGAGGCGCCGCCCGUUCCGCCCCGCCGGGAGCGUGGGGGACGCGGGGCGCGCGGACCCGGGGCGCCCGGGGGCCGGGGGCGCGCGGCCGGCGCGGAGGGGCGCGGCGUCAAGUGCGUGCUGGUCGGCGACGGCGCGGUGGGCAAAACCAGCCUGGUGGUGAGCUACACCACCAACGGCUACCCCACCGAGUACAUCCCCACCGCCUUCGACAACUUCUCGGCUGUGGUGUCCGUGGAUGGGCGACCUGUGAGACUCCAGCUCUGUGACACCGCCGGUCAGGAUGAGUUUGACAAGCUGAGGCCUCUGUGCUACACCAACACAGACAUCUUCCUGCUGUGCUUCAGUGUUGUGAGCCCCUCGUCCUUUCAAAACGUCAGUGAGAAAUGGGUGCCAGAGAUCCGCUGCCACUGUCCCAAAGCCCCCAUCAUCCUCGUCGGAACACAGUCAGACCUCAGAGAAGACGUCAAAGUCCUCAUCGAGCUGGACAAGUGCAAGGAGAAGCCAGUGCCGGAAGAGGCGGCUAAGCUGUGUGCCGAGGAAAUCAAAGCCGCCUCCUACAUUGAGUGCUCCGCUUUGACUCAGAAAAACCUCAAAGAGGUAUUUGACGCGGCCAUUGUUGCUGGGAUUCAAUACUCAGACUCGCAGCAGCAGCCAAAGAAGUCUAAAAGUAGGACUCCAGACAAAGUGAAAAACCUCUCCAAGUCCUGGUGGAAGAAGUACUGCUGCUUCGUAUGAUGCCGCCAGACACCCAGAAAGGCUAUUUUUCAGAUGAAAUCCACAUUAGAAGCUAUAUUAGCUGAAAUGACUCAUACUGUGUAGAACCAGGAGAGAAUGAGAGAGAGAGA